AUGGAUAGGUCACAUUUGAUAGUUGAAAAUGAGGAUGAUAGGAAAAAUCAAACAGCCUUCAAAUACAUGAAUGUUUGUGAGUUCUGAACUAAUUUUGAAGUUUUCCCUUUUUAUUAAACUAUUUUUUAGAUCAUGCAUCACUCUCAGAAAAACUUUAUGUGGAAUUAUGUUCAUUGGCAUUUGGCGAAUAUGAUAUAAACGAAGGCACAAGUAUAUCUCCAGUAAUGUGGAGAAAACUGUAUGAAAUAUUUGUGGAAACUGAAAAUCACACUAGGAAAUUGCCAUCCGAUGCGAAAUAUUCAAUCAGUUCACAAAAAUAUGCAAAUGAAGCUGUUCAAAUCGCCUCGAUAAUGAAUAUUUUCACGUCAUUGCCACAUGAUUAUUCUGAAACACAGGACACUUCUCUUUUGAGUCAAAUGAUCACAGAAGAUAUUGAAUUCCGACGAAUUUAUGUGAGUAAAUGCAAAAUCCCAUUUUUCGAAUAAAAACCUUUAACGAUUGUAAAUGUUUUUUUCAGGCUUUGUUAUUGUGGGCUGAGAAAGCUAUAAGUGAACAACAAUAUGAACAAGGUUUAACUGCAAAAGUUAAAAAUUUGGAAGUUGUUAGAAACUCGAGAAGAAAUUCAACAAUGGCAUUGAAAAGAUCGAAUUUUUCACAUGUUUCGGCAAAAGAUGCUUCAAUCGAUCCAGAUCAAAAAGGAGUUGAUGAAGAUGCUCAACUUGAACAAAAUGCAAUGAAUGUGAUGCUUCAAUUAUUGAGAAGUGGAGAAACUGCAAAAGCAUCUGAAAUCGCUUUGAGAAUUGGAAUGGCUCCGAUUGGAGUCCAAUUACAACUUCACGCAAUGCUCAGAAAUCCGAGCGAUGUUCCACUUGAAGCCACAAUUCAAAAUCAAGCAGUUCAUAAAAGAUUGAGACGUGCAAAAUAUUUCGAGAUGCUUGAAAAAUUGAUUGGCUCAUCUCAGAAAAACGAGGAUGAUUCGCAUAUUAUUUUGUUGAAUGCUUUACGGGGAAAUCUCAAACCAAUGUUGAAAAUUUCCAAAACACCAGCGGAAAAAGUUUGGGCUUAUGCCAACUCGGCUUUUCUCGCAAGAAUUCUUCGUGCUGAAGGAGCUUUGGAUGAACAAAGAAUUUGUGAACUUUUCAAUGUUCCGCUAACUUUGCGAUCAAUUAUCAGCGAAUUGGAAGCGCAAAAUAAUGGAAAUGGAAAAGAUGUUUUGGUUUUAUUCGAUGUUAUCGAUUCACUUUUGAAUGAUGAUGUUGAUGCAUUUUUCCAUUUGGCAAAAGAACAAACAAAAGGAUAUGUCCCUCAAGAUAUCAAUUGCAAUGUGAGCGAGAUAAUUAAUUGAAACUCGAAAUAAAUAAUAAAUUUGAUUUCAGGUCAAUGUGAUUGCUCUCGAUUUGUUCUUCCAUCUCGUCGCUGUCUCAUAUUUGAGUGGCUUCGAAAAAUCUGUGAGUUUUCUCCCAAAAAAUUCGGACCAUUAUAUUGUUCCUUUUCAGCCAAAUGGUGACUCCGUAAUUGCUUCACAAUUCGAUGAUUUACGACGAAGAUCGGGAACUUCAUCGCAUCGAAGAAUGGCUGCAUUUUAUUCAAGAUUUUUGGAUGAGAAUGAAAAAUCUCAUCAAAUUGUUGAAACUAUGAAAUGUAAAAACAUUUCUUGAAUUUUUUUGGAGAAAACUAAUUUUAAAAAAUUUCAGUGGUUGAUAGCGAAGAAGAGCGAACGAUUUUCAGUGAAGCUUUGAAGCAAUGUGAUCUCGAUUUUCAACAUUAUGCAUGUUCCUUGAUUAAAACAGUUAGGGAGAAUGAGAAGGUAUUUAUUUUUCUCCAUUUUUGGACCUUUCCUUACAAUUCCAUUUGAAUUUUCAGAUGAUUCCAUUGGAAGAACAAAUUGGUCAUUGGCAAUGGUUACUUGUUGGAGGAGAAGAUACAAUUCUUGCAGCUGUUGAAGAAAUGAACAGAAUUAUUCGAAAAUGUUUGUUGAGUGAACCAUUUAAUGAGUUAACAGUUCGACAUAUUAUUCGAGAAGCUAUUCGAUUCGAAAUCCCAACUGUUUUGACAAAUGUUGUUUUAUCAGAAGAUAGUAUUAUUAAUUCAUUGAUCGAUGAUAUUGAUAAAAAUACAAGUAUUCAACGGAAAUUGGAACAUGCUUCGAAUGAAUUCUUGGCGUUUUGCACUUUUAUGGUAAGUUUUUUCUUUUGGGAAUCUUUCAAAUCUAAUGAUUUUCAGGAUCUCUACAACUUCAUUGUUACAAUUUCGUUGAAAUUAGAAAUUGGUUUGCAAUACGAACCAAUUCGCGAAGAAGAAUUGAACAUGAUUGGAGGAUUCAAAAAAGUGUUAAACGAAAAAGAUUCAUUGGAUUGGGAAGCGUCUUUGAGAGUUCGAGCGAGAGCUGAAUUGACAUUGAGAGAAGAAGCUGCGAAAAGAAAACAGAAGGAUCAAAGAGCUAGGAAUGAGAUGAUACUCCAACAUAUUGAGGUAAUUUUUGAUUUUUUGAAAUAAAAACAUAUUCCUCAAAAAAAUUUAUUUUCAGAAUGCUCAACCACUUUUGCGAAGUCUUUUGACAAAUAUCGGAUUCCGCGGCGAAUAUUUCUUGGCCCCACGUGAAAACGACGAUCCACACAAAAAACAUCGCGAAGAAUUAUCUGAGAUUCGCAAUCGAUUCAUUCCAAUGAUCAUUUUGUUGUUUGCCCAAGCUUCUUCAAAACUCGAUGAUAUGCUCACAUUUUUGCAAUUCUUCUCAACUUUCAAUGUUGAUAAUGGUGAUUUGGCGAUUGAUCAUCAAAAUGUGAGUUAAAUUGAAAAUCCCAAAUUUUCAUAAAUUUUAUUUUUUUCAGAUUUCUGGAAUUUUCACAGUUUUGGCCGAUCUCAACAUGGACACCGAAUGA